AAAGGCGUGAAAACCCCGUCGUAUCCACCACUGACACGUGAUCUGCUACGACAACACUGUGCCAUGAAUCAAGGUAAUGCAUCCUAUCGUGAUAUGGUCGAUAUGGCGGGUACGACCGUGAAAGGGACCAAUGUGGAAACUCCGUGUCAUUCAUCACGGGGUGGAAUGAAACAAGAGCGAAAUGAGGCCCCGGAAUUUUGGUCAACUGAUGAUUCUGCGGGACAUAAAAAAUCCGCCACACGAGAAGUGAGUGGGAAUGGUGGUAUACUGUCCGAGGGUGAGGAAGGUGAGUGUGACGAGGAUGAGGAUUUGGAUGAGGACGGAAGAGUGCCUCAAGAGGGGGAUCCGGAUUUCGUGGAAACCGCUUGUCACUGGGGUGAUUGUACACUACAGUUUGAAAAUCAAGAAGAACUGGUGAAGUUUGAAGGCUGUUCCAAACGAUAUUCCCGCUUGGAGAAUUUGAAAACCCAUCUGCGGUCACACACGGGUGAGAAACCGUAUCAGUGCGAGAUUCCGGGUUGUCACAAGGCGUUUAGCAACGCAUCCGAUCGUGCCAAACAUCAGAAUCGUACGCAUAGCAAUGAGAAACCAUACACGUGCAAAGUAGAUGGCUGUUCCAAACGUUACACUGAUCCGAGCUCGUUACGGAAGCACGUGAAAACAGUUCAUGGGGCUGAGGUAUACGCCAAUAAGAAACACAAAGGUGAAAGUUGGAGUGACCGACCCUGUGGGGGUGGUGGAGCAACUGGAGGAACGUAUGGUGGUGCUGGUAGUGGUGGUGGUGGUGGCGGUGGCGGAGCAGAUGGACUUCGAGGUUACUCCCGAGCGCCGGGAACGGAUGAUCGUAGACAUGAUAGUGGAGGCGGUGGUGCCAGUGGUGGCGGCGCAGGUGCCGGUCUUGGCGGUGGACGUGGACGAUUCGGUGCACGGGGCACAGCUGAUUCUUUCUUGCUUCCACGUGGUGGUUUUCAUUCCAAAACUCAUGGUUCCACAAUCACCUCGGGUGCGGAUCGAUCGUUCGGUUGUGCCGGUUUGACCAACUAUUCUGUUGGUACUCAUGGUUAUGGAUUUAAUCCGUGGUCCUCUACUCGCAAUUCUGCUUAUCCACUCGGAGAUUUCAGUCGGGGAAGUCGCUUCGGUCACGGAAACUAUUACCCAACUCAUCCAGCCAUGCAACAUUCUGUGCACAAUCCCGGCUUGCUCAUUUCCCCAUGGAACACGCAUCCGAUGGCUCAACGGGAUGCCACCACAGAGUUAUUGAUGAUGAGCACACCAGCGGUAACUUACGGAUGUCCAGAUUAUUUGCCAGCUGUAAAGUAUGAGUAUACGUCCCCGAUGGUCGCAUACUUUACCGAUCCACGUCAAACCGACCCGAACCAGACUGAACAUCAAACCCAUUCCUCCUGGUUAAUGCAAUCCAGACAAAACUAUUCCCUGGACUCGUCUGUAGAUGCGACGCAUCGUUCUAAGGCCGGACUGGCAAAUACUGUACCGUGGCGUAGUGCGAGAGCCUCUUCCGCAUACCGUAGCAAUCAGACCGCACCGCACGCACUCGAACGUCAUGCGCGUAGUAGCAGCAUGGAGAAGUUGCCCACUUGGCCAGAACAAAAUCAGCAGGGAAUUUCGGGCGUCGGAUCAAUGAUGGCCACCCAGAACCAGCAGGUGACAGGCAUUGCACAAGCAUCGGGAAAAGGUCGUUCAGCACAAGCGGUUGGUUGGAAUCCAAUGAUUGAACCGUUGGUCAAUAAUAAUAACAAUAAUAAUAAUAAUAGUACCACAGUCCCCACAGAGACUCAUACAGCUCGUGUUCCCACGCACUACGAGCGGCAUUCCGUCUGUCCUCCGGGGUCCAAUUGGAAUGACUCGGCUAAGCACACGUUGAGCAACAAUCUGGUUCUGCGUGUACCACCCACACAUUCCACACCGGAACACGCGGUUAAUCCCGGCACUAAUUGGCUCAGUCCAAAUACAUCCGCUGUGUCAGCGCCCCAGGUGAAACAGGAACAAUGCGCUUCGCACCAGCUUUCGUGGUCUUCGGCACACAACGGCCAAAUGGUGCCUGGUUCCGCUAGCACGGAGACCAACGUGGAAGAAGCCGCACGGCGAACGGAGAAUGCAUCUCACUACUGGCCGGAAGAACGGGAUCGUCUACUACAGGGCUCUGUGUCCACGCCCCAAUCUGAUCACACUCGGUCACGGUCGCAACAUGUGAUCUCAUCCACCGGUUUCGAGGAUGAGCUGAAACCGAAUUUAGUCUAUCCGGGAUCGACAGAUCAAAUUGGUCGAGCUAUGGACACCGGUAUUCCCAACCAGAUGGUGUCUCCGAAUGAAACUUGGGAGAAGGAGAGCGGCACGGCAUCAUCCGGUAUCGGUUCAGCACUGACGAAUACAAAUUCACAGAUGGGCACCGUACCUCAUCCAGUCAAAUCUCCGGAGCGAAUGAAGAAUUCAGGCGUGGAUCAGUAUUCGCAAUCGUCCGAGCUAACGGAACCAAACAAAGUGCAAAUGAACACCACUCCCACUACAAACAACAACAACACCACGACUUCCACCCCGAGCGCCUCGGCUGGUCAAACGACAGCCACAACUAUUGCCACAAAUACCAAUUCUUUCAACUGCCAGACUGUUCCCGAUAGUGCUGGCAGUGGAUGCGGUGGUCACACAGUGGAAAUCAACGAGAGUGGAUCACAUCAUGGGUCCAUGAAACCGGCCAAGAGUAAAAUACUCUUGUGGGAGAAUCGGGAUUUUCGUGCACAGCCUGAUCCGACUCGAACGAUCCCAAACUUUGGCUCGGAUCGAAACGGACCAUCAAUAAACAAUCCGGAGGGAUAUUAUUCCGAUAGAAAUCAAGUUACAAUGCAACAAUAUCUUUCUGCAAAUAAUGCCAUAGGAAACUAUCCGAAUUGGUCACCGUGGUUUCGUAAUGCACCAACUGACGACCACGUUUUACGCACACCCCCAGCAGCUGAAGCUGUCACUGGUUGGAAUGUGAACGCAGGGCUUCAUCAGUUUGAUUCUCCUGGUUCCAGCUGGUGCGGACAACAACAACAACAACAGCAACAACAACAACAUUUGCCCAAUACAGAGCUCUGUGCACCAACAAACAACGAGAAUAGUUGUGUCCCGUUUCGCACAAACCUAGCUGCCAACGAGUCGGAAAAGAAUUCCAUUUGUAAUAGACCUCAUUCUAGUCUGAAUGAGACGGGUCACCCACAAAAGUCGGAAAUGGAGCAGCAGCAGCAACAACAACAACUGCCACAUCACCACCUCCACCAUCCGCACCACCAACCACAACAACAUCCGCCGUAUUGGGAUCCAAACCAGCGACAUUCUAGUCGUGCUUUGACUACCUGUUCGGAUACCAACUACCCCAAAGAUAAUCGGUCUACUGAGCAGCAACUCUCUCGUGACCAACAUUCAAUACCGCAUUCAUCUAACUUGGACGCGUUACAAACGCGAUCCAAUCCCGAGUCCGUGUGCAGCCAGUAUCCUCAAACCUCCUGGCGAACGGAUGACAUACAAGAUCCGACCAGGGUUCAGAGACCGUCAAAUCUAAUUGUUGAACAACGCCCUUUGAACACAAUGCAUUCAUCUGAGCGUGUGGCACUGUGCCCAAAUCAGACCGAUCCCAAUCCUUUCUCAAUGCAACCCGGUUUUCCCGGUACUAAUUUGAGUUCAAAUAUUUUACGGUCGCCUCAUUUUAGUGAACACAAUAGAGCAACAAUGCUAGGCAAUUACACAGCUUCUUCAUCGUACCCGGUCAUUCCGUACCAAUCAGCCAGAAUGGUAAACGUACCACCGUAUAUGAUGCAAUCCCUCGGUUCUGGCGAGUUUCCCCACCAUAAUGGUGGAUACGACCGUGUUUCCGGCACAACCGUUCCAUCCCAAGGAUCGUUUCCUCCAUCAGAUACACACUUUUCUUUUCCACCUCAACAUUCUCUGUACAGUCCAGCACUUCAGUCCAUUUUCGAAGAAGUCCCAUCCGGUGGUCCUAUGUCCUUGCCGGCCGGUUGUGAUGCACUCGGUGGAAAUCUGGUCGUCUGUAAUAUGCCCUCGAUAGACACGGACAGUUUGACAUUUGGUUCUUAUACUUGA